CGCCCGAAGCGACGUCACACUAAGGUGGAAGGAGACGAGCGCAUUUUUCCUCCCUUUAUCAUCCGAAGACAACAUAUUGACAGACUGUGUAGCAGAGACGCCUCUACCUGCAGCCGGUGGGCACCAGAAAUUAUUUCACCCACUUCAUCCGUGCGUCAGCUCAGAGCGCGUAAAGGCAGUGGAGCGACCAACAUCUCGCAGCACUUGCAAGACACUAUUUAUUUGAAAGAAAUGCAGCAGCGCAGUUCGUCUUCCUUGUAUUUUGCCAAUUAUAAUGCCAUUUUUUGAAAAAGUCCCCAAAGAGUGGCGAAACUGCGCGUAUCCCUUCACCCGGACCUUUUCGUGCGCCGUUCCGCAGCCGGAGACGCUGCUCUCAGUGUUCUCUUUCCUCCUUUGAGGGCAUGCAAUGUGUUGCGACAGAUAGAGCAGAACGACAAUGAAGAGGUUAACCACACCUUUGAAAGCGGACAUCUCUUCAGUAGCCUCUUGACCAACUUCGUUGCGCAUUAAGAUGCGCCCGACAGAAGAGGACUUGGAUUUUUGCGCUCUCGUUGACAGACAGUUUCCAGUGAGCUUUUGCUGAUUCGUGCCGUCAGAAAUCAAGGACCUCCUAUGUAUUUAAGAAAUAAUCUAACUCGGGGUUGGCUCAGCUCUUCACUUUAAACUUUGCUGGGGAAUCUCCUUGAGGAUUUCAACAUGACGGUUCGUCUAUCACGAAUCCAGCUGGCCCUGUUCUUUAUCCUGCUCUGUCCGGUCAAUAUCAUCGGACUGUGGUGGGCAGUGGGCAGUCCGCUGGUCAUGGACCCCAACAGCAUUUGCAGGAAGGCGAAGCGUCUGGCGGGGAAGCAGGCUGAGCUGUGCCAGACUCAGCCGGAGAUUGUCAGCGAAGUGGCCAAAGGAGCCAGGCUUGGUGUCAGGGAGUGCCAGUAUCAGUUCAGGUACCGCCGGUGGAACUGCACCAGCCACAACAAAUACUUUGGGAAAAUACUUCAGCAAGAUAUCCGGGAGACAGCGUUCGUUUAUGCCAUCACGGCGGCUGGUGUGACGCAUGCUGUGACCCAGGCCUGCAGUAUGGGAGACCUGCUGCAGUGUGGCUGUGAGGCGACCAGGAACAGAGCACCUCCACGGCCGUCUUCGUCCUCCUCUUCUGGGGACGGGGUCAAGUGGGAGUGGGGUGGCUGUGGAGAUGAUGUGGAGUUUGGUUAUGAAAAGUCAAAACAGUUUAUGGACGCCAAGAGAAGAAGAGGCAAGAGCGACAUCAGGACGCUCAUCGACCUGCACAACAACGAGGCUGGAAGGCUGGCAGUGAAGCUCUACAUGCGGACUGAGUGCAAGUGCCACGGACUGUCGGGCUCGUGCACCUUGCGCACGUGCUGGAAAAAGAUGCCUCAUUUCCGCGAGGUAGGCGACCGCCUGCUGGAGCGCUUCAACGGCGCUUCCAAGGUGAUGGGCGGCAAUGAUGGCAAGACCCUGAUACCUGUGGGCCAGAACAUAAAGCCUCCAGACAAGCAGGAUCUCAUCUACUCAGACGAGUCUCCAGAUUUCUGCCUCGCAAACCGGAAAACAGGUUCACUGGGAACAAAGGGGCGCAUGUGCAACAGCACAGCCAUGGACAUCAGCGGCUGUGACCUGUUGUGCUGUGAGCGAGGCUACCGGGAGGAAACUGUGGUGUUUGAGGAGAACUGCUUGUGUCGUUUCCACUGGUGUUGUGUUGUCCAGUGCAAGAAGUGCAUGGUCCGAAAAGAGCUCAGCAUCUGUCACUGAUGAACUGAAGUUCAGACUGGUCAAAUGACCUGGUUAAUUCUAACUACUUCUGUUACUUUUUGAGGUUCUUGCUUUAGUUUGGCUAGUGCGAAAGAAGGAGAGGAUCUUCAUAAUAAUCCUUUUUAUUUACAUUCUUUACAGUCACAUGACGCUCCAGAAAACUUUCAUUUGAAAUCGUACUCAAUCUUUUUUGGUUCCAAUGAGUUUUUGAACACAAGACAUGAUGGCCAGAAGUACUAAAAAAAACACAUGGAAACAAUGGCAAGAAGGACUUUCUUUUCUGAACUACCUAUUUUUUGUUUCUUGUUAAUGAGAAAGGACCAAAGAAUGUUCUGUUUCAGUGAAAACAUACAGGACCCAUGCAUCCAGGCAUUGAGGAGUUACUAAUCAACAACAGAGCUCGGUGUGAACUCAAGCAGAGAGUUUUAAGCAUCAGCAUAGAGUGAUGUGCCUGAUCUACCCAAUUUUAUAAAGUGACCAUGACUAUGAUGAAACCCUUUAAGCCUAUAUGACUGUUUUUUUGUACUCUCUGUUAUUUAAAGUCUGUCAGAGUCAUUGCUGUCUGUUAGCAAUAUUCUUUAGAAUAACAGAAAGAUUAAGGAUCUGACUUUGGACCAUAUUCCAAUACUUCCAUUUUACUUUGACAUGUGUUCAUACUAUGACUGCUUUUUAACAGUGUAAUAGAGUAAUCACAUACAUGAUUGUGCAUCAUCAAGAGUCUGAGCAUCUUCCCAUUUUACCAAAAAGUUUCUCAGUUACAGGCUAAUCGUUCAAACACAAGAAAGGCUGGUCUCGAUUUCUUUUUUUUUUCCUCACAAAAAAAGGGAAAUGGUAUCACAUUUUUAUAUUUGAAGAAUGCUGUCGACACCAUGCUCUACUGGUGUGGAGUGGACCUGUCAGCGAAGACUCUUAUUUAUGUAAAGAUAUGAUGAUAAAACUACUCACUUCCAUCUCUCAGAAGCACUUUGGAUACAACUGCCGUGGACUUCGUCAACAGAUUGGCAAGAAAACCUUCUGGGGUUGGCUGUUUCUUCUGAACCCAAAGAAAAACGUUUAUUUUCAUGACAUUGUUUGGUAUCGAGAAAAUGUAUAUGAUGUAUUUUGUUUAUCUAUUAUGAUAUACAGGGCUAAUAUAAUAAUGCACUUUGGACGUUAGCUUUUUUGUUUUUUUUUGGUUCCAUGAUGUGUGUGUGUGCCUGUGAGUGUGAAAAGAGAGAGAAAGUAUCACGAUUAUGUUUGUGCAGGUUGGCCAGUUAUCACCAUAUCCUUCAGUGGACAGUAAUUGUGUAUGUAUCUAUAAGUUGCUGUCUGGCGUUAAACUGCUUUAUGCUGGUUACUGAAAGCACACUGCUCUGUGACUCUCUGUCUCUGAGUGGGACAGACAAGAUCUUUUAUUUGUUGUUCGUUUUCAGGGGAACUAUGUUUCCCAUAAACCUAUCAUGUCAUCUCAUUUAACUUUUAUAAUCCGACAAUGAGUAUACUGAACUUUGACACUACUUUGCUUCAACGUGUUCUGUUAAGUUUUUGUGUGUUUGAUCGAGUGUGCAGGUAGGAUCUCAUCUUACCCUUAAUAAUUUAGAGUCAGCUCGUCUUGAUCUUCCAGCUGGUGAUGUAUCAUGACUCAGAUCUGGAUGCUGUUCCCACAGUUACCUUGUUACUUUUACUAUCUGCUGUAUGAUGCCAUUGUACAAGGCCAACAUCAAAUGACCAAUUCUAUUUUAAUUAUAGACUAUUGAUUAUUCUGUUAAGGAAAUCCAUUUUGUUGUCCAACUGUUAAUCUUAGCAGUAACUUCAAGAUAUGAUAACCAUUACAUCUCCUACUGAUAGAAGUCCACAAACUUUUCAUGUGAACAAAAUCAUGAUUUUGCUUUUUGCUGUCAUGACAUGCAGUUAACUAGCAAGACAGUCAGAUACCCAUGGAUAAAUUUGCCACAUCUUAUUUAGAUUUUUUUUUUUUCUACCCAGUUUUUGAACAUUACCCUAACCAGGUUUGGUGGAAAAAGUUGAACAUGGCACAAGAAGUCAAUAAAGGCGUUUCAUCAAAGUAGAAAUGUGGCAGUAGUGAUAGUUUCAGUGAUGGUUAGUUAAUUCAACCCAUCCUUAUCCAUCAAAUCUUAGAGGAUUCAUCCAUUUGUCAUUUAUUUAAAUGCAGUUUGACCUACAUUGCUUUGUAUUUCCUUCUGCUCUUCAUCAUUGUAUUCUGCAAGUCAUUUCAUAUUCGGAUGUUACAAUGCAAUCUCAUUAAACAUAAACGUUUAAAGUGACAACAA